AUGAAGCCCGGUCUGCCCUCCUGCGUGUGCCUGCUGCUCUGCCUGCUGGGCGCCCACGCCACCGCGGAGCUCCGCAACGCCGCCGCCAUGGCGGCGGGCCUGUGCCACACCCGUCCGACAGACCUGGUAUUCAUUGUGGAUAGCUCCCGCAGUGUACGACCCUCCGAGUUCGAGCAAGUGAAGGUGUUCUUGGCGAAGGUGAUCGAAGGACUGAAUGUUGGGCCCAACGCCACUCGCGUGGGUGUGGUCAACUAUGCCAGCCGGGUGAAGAACGAGGUGUCCCUGAAGACGCACCGUACCAAGGCCGCGCUGGUCAAGGCCGUGACCAAAAUUGAGCCUCUCUCUACCGGCACCAUGACCGGUCUGGCCAUCCAGUUUGCCCUCAACGUGGCGUUUAGCGAAGCGGAGGGAGCCCGCGUGCGCUCCCCCGACAUCAGCAAGGUGGCCAUCAUUGUGACAGACGGACGUCCCCAGGACAACGUCCGCGACGUGGCGGUAAAAGCAAGGGAGUCUGGGAUUGAGAUGUUCGCCAUCGGCGUGGGCCGUGUGGACAUGAACACGCUGAAGCAGAUCGCCAGCGAGCCCCUGGACGACCACGUGGACUAUGUGGAGAGCUACAGCGUCAUCGAGAAGCUCACCAAGAAGUUCCAGGAGGCAUUCUGUGUCUCGGACCUGUGUGCGACCGGAGACCAUGACUGCGAGCAGGUAUGCGUCAGCACUCCCGGCUCGUACAAGUGCGCCUGCAAGGAUGGAUUCACCCUCAUGGAGGACGGCCGAUCCUGCAGUGCUUGCAGCGCCGCCACCGACGUGGUGUUCCUGAUCGAUGGCUCCAAGAGCGUGCGCCCUGAGAACUUCGAGCUGGUCAAGAAGUGGAUCAACCAGAUUGUGGACAAGCUGGACGUGGCGGAAAGCAAGGCCCACGUGGGCCUGGUGCAGUACUCCAGUGCGGUCAGGCAGGAGUUUCCCUUGGGCCGCUUCAACAACAAGAAGGACCUGAAGGACGCCGUGAAGAAGAUGGACUACAUGGAGAGGGGCACGAUGACCGGCCAGGCACUGCGGUACCUCGUGGAGAACAGCUUCACCAUCUCCCAGGGCGCCCGCCCAGGUGUCUCCAAGGUGGGCAUCGUCUUCACCGACGGCCGCUCCCAGGACUACAUUGGAGAUGCUGCCAAGAAGGCCAAAGAGCAUGGCUUUAAGAUGUAUGCAGUGGGAGUGGGGAAUGCUGUGGAGGAUGAGCUGAGAGAGAUUGCGUCAGAGCCCCUAGCGGAGCACUACUUCUACACCGCUGACUUCAAGACUAUGAAUCAGAUCGCCAAGAAGCUGCAUGUCAACAUCUGUGAAGAGGAGAACCCCUGUGAAUGUGAAUCCAUUGUCAAGUUCCAGAAAAAAGUAGAAGAUGCCUUGCAAGCAUUAACGAAAAAAUUGGAGGGCGUAGCGAAGAGGAUCGCAGCACUGGAGAACAAAAUCGUUUGAGGAGCUCCUACGUUCCCCCUUCCUCAGCCCUCUAGAU